CCCCCAAGAGCCGCGCGCCUCGCGGCGCCGCGCCGCACUCCACCCCUCUAAAGUCCAUCUCCCUCUACCCCCUCCUCCCCCUUCUUCUGUUCGUUCCGUUCCCCCCUCCACUUUCCCCAUCUCCGACACCUCUCUCCUCUCCGAUUUACUCCUCUCCUUUUUGCCCUAUCGCCUUGGCGAUAGGGUUCCGCUUCGCUGCUGCAGCAGCGGCGUUUCGCCUGUAAAUGCUUCUUGUUGUUGUUGGGGGGAGGGGUCUCUUUUAGGUGAUUGUUCUUGUUCUUCUUCUUCGACAUGGUGGCUUUCUAUGGACUCGGAGAUGGAGGGUGUCUCGUGUCGGCGCCGGCGGAGCUGGCCGGGAUGUUCUGCCGCGGCGGCGUGGUGGUGCAGCAGCAGCAGAGGAAGCGGUCGCUGGUGGCCGCGUCGGCGGUCGCGGCGGCGGACUGCGUCGUGAGGGCGGCGAAGAGGCAGAGGCAGCAGCGGCAGCCGCCGUCGCUCGACGCGCUCCCCGACGAGUGCCUCUUCGAGGUCCUCCGUCGCCUCCCCGGCGGCCGCGAGCGCGGCGCCUCCGCCUGCGUCUCCCGCCGCUGGCUCGCCCUCCUCUGCAGCAUCCGGGCUUCCGAGCUCAACCAGGCCACCGCUGCUGCCGCCGCGGCGGCGCCGCCCUCCCUUCCCGACCUCAACGAGGAGUUCGUCAUGGAGGAGGACGACGAGGAGGAGGAGUCGUCUCCCGUGGUGGAUCCGUGCGUCGAGAGGGUCCUCGAGGGCAAGGAGGCCACCGACGUCCGCCUCGCCGCCAUGGCCGUCGUCGCCGGCUCCCGCCGCGGGCUGGAGAAGCUCGCCGUCCGCGGGAGCCACCCGACGCGCGGCGUCACCGACCGGGGCCUCCUCGCCGUCGCCCGCGGCAGCCCCAACCUCUGCUCGCUCGCGCUGUGGGAUGUCCCGCUCGUCACCGACGCCGGCCUCGCCGAGAUCGCCGCCGGUUGCCCCUCGCUGGAGCGCCUGGACAUCACCCGUUGCCCGCUCAUCACAGACAAGGGCCUCGCCGCCGUCGCGCACGGCUGCCCCAACCUGCUGUCUCUCACUGUCGAGUCGUGCUCCGGUGUCGGCAACGAUGGCCUCAGGGCAAUUGGCCGAUCUUGCUCCAAGAUUCAGGCAUUGAACAUCAAGAAUUGCGCGCGGAUCGGCGACCAGGGCAUCUCCAGCCUCGUGUGCUCCGCGACCGCCUCGCUGACCAAGAUCAGGCUGCAGGGUUUGAACAUCACUGAUGCUUCGCUCGCCUUGAUCGGGUACUACGGGAAGGCUGUCACGGAUCUCACCCUUGUCCGCCUCCCGGUGGUCGCGGAGAGAGGGUUUUGGGUGAUGGCCAAUGCUGCCGGCCUGCAGAAUCUGAGGUGCAUGAGUGUCACCUCUUGCCCUGGGGUCACCAAUCUCGCGCUUGCUGCUAUCGCCAAGUUCUGCCCGAGCUUGAGGCAGCUUUCCUUCAGGAAGUGUGGACACAUGACGGAUGCCGGUCUCAAGGCUUUCACGGAAUCGGCGAGGUUGUUGGAGAGCUUGCAGCUUGAAGAGUGCAAUGGGGUUACUCUUGUUGGUAUUCUUGAUUUCCUCGUCAACUGCGGUCCGAAGUUCAGGUCCCUCUCUUUGGUGAAGUGCAUGGGUAUCAAGGACAUCUGCUCUACGCCUGCGCAGCUUCCUCUGUGCAAAUCGCUUCAAUUCCUGACCAUCAAGGACUGCCCGGAUUUCACUGAUGCAAGCUUGGCUGUGGUGGGGAUGGUUUGCCCUUACUUGGAGCAGGUUGAUUUGAGUGGUCUCCGUGAGGUCACUGACCGUGGGCUUCUUCCACUGAUCAACUCUUCCGAGGGUGGUCUAGUCAAGGUCGAUUUGAGUGGUUGCAAGAACAUCACAGAUGCAGCUGUUUCUACCCUGGUGAAGGGGCAUGGAAAAUCUCUGAAGCAAGUUAGUCUUGAGGGCUGCAGCAAGAUAACCGAUGCUAGCCUCUUUGCCAUCUCCGAGAAUUGCACUGAGCUUGCUGAGCUCGAUCUGUCCAAGUGCAUGGUCAGUGACAAUGGUGUUGCUACCCUGGCAUCAGCAAAGCACCUCAAGCUUCGUGUCCUGUCACUGUCUGGUUGCUCGAAGGUUACUCCGAAGAGCGUGUCAUUCUUGGGCAACAUGGGGCAGUCUUUGGAGGGUCUCAAUCUUCAGUUCUGCAACAUGAUUGGUAACCACAACAUUGCAUCGCUGGAGAAGCAGCUCUGGUGGUGCGACAUUCUCGCAUAGGCAGACAAGAUGGUUCAUUGCUGGAGGGUGUCACCUGUGCUUGGGUGAGGCACCUCCAGAUGCAGAUAUACAUCCUUAGAGGUAGCGCAACCAGUCAAUUGCUGUGCUAGUCAUGUUUUUGGCUAGUGCAUGAGUCAUGGUGGGUUCUGGAUUUGUUCGAGGACCGGUUGUUUCCGAGGGGUGCUUUCCGCCAAGUGCUCGUUUUUUCACAGACUGCCUCAAGAGGCAAUCUGUUUUUUGAGCCUUCGGCUGCCAUUGCUGGCAUUCUGCCCCCUCUACCCAGACAUUGGUCCUUGCCGCUAUAGUCACAACACCAUGAUUGUUUUUUAGGUUGCCGUAGUGUCCCUUGUCCUUUUUUCUUUACUGCUUGCUUCCUAGUCAUGAAGUUGCAGGCACCGGCAUCGGCACAGGGGGGCUGUCAUGGAGUUCCGCAGCUCAACUGCCGGUGUCACCAGUAGUCGGCAGCGCCGGUGUUCCAGGCUGCCGACGACGCUGGAGUGCCUGCAGACUUACCCUGUGUGUAUGGUUACUGAGUCUGUUGGUGUCUUGAGGUCAUGUGUGAUGAUGUUUUCGGUAGUGUGUAAGGGUCAUAGAGGGUUGAUUUUUUGUUACAGGUACUCUUGGGAAUGCCUGGUGUUGGGGGAUCUGGCCAUUGCAAGGCGCAUACUAGAGCCUUGUCAUGACAGCCUUGUAUGGUUGUUUUUUCACCAGAUCCCUGUUUUUACCGGCAUAUUGUUGAGGACUGUAAUCUUUGCAACCUUCUCAGAAUAAAUUAAGUAUGUGUUUAUGUGAAAAA